AUUUUUUAUUGAUUAUCAAAUAUUUCAAAAUGAAUGAUUCUACAACAAAGCUCCAUUAUUUGGAGUUUUUAUGUGGAUACUUUUUGGAACCAAAAGACAUCAUGAACCUGUUCCCAGGUGGAACUGGUCUGUAUUCGUCAGUUGGAGAUGCGUUAAUGUCUAUUUCGACAACUGGUGACAAUGGGAGGAAACAAAGAGUUAACAUUUUUCUUGAAUGGCUCAAUGCAGAUGACGGUUAUGGUGGCAACAAAUACCAAGAGUUUAUUGAUGUUUUAAAAAAAGAGACAAAUUACUGUUGGCUUGUUCCUCUGUUGACGGAUUGUGAUAAUUUCGAUGCUGAAUCUAUAUUUCGAUAUCUCAAAAAACCUGAAAAGAUCAAAAGAAUUUUUCAAGUGAUUUUCCCUGCAUUGGAAAAUAUAAAUGUUAAUGAAUUACUUAUUCAUUUGGAAAAUGAUCUUUCUGAUGAUGACAGAGAAGGAAUUGAAAACAUCGCAUCACGAUUAACUUCUAGGCAUGGAAUGUUUGCCCUAUUAAACAAUCUGAUUUACAAGGCACCUGGCUGGAUCAGUAAUUUCAUUGAUGCAGUGAAGGAAUUAAAUUACAAUGCUACUUCUUCUAUGUUUGAAGAUGUUGAAUAUGCUGAUUUAGCCACAGCUUUAAAAGAUUAUUUUGAAUGCUUUGAUGACAGUGUUGUUAAUGAAUUAGUGGUUGAUGAACAGCCAGAAGCAAUGAAUGAACAGAUGGCAUGUAUUCAACAAGGAGUGACGAGUUGUUUUAUAUCUGACGCAGAUGUUCCUUCGUGCAGUUUGAUGAAAAGAAAACAAAACGAUGAAAAAGAGAAUUGUCAAAAACAUUUUAGGCUUUCUGAACAACAACACAUUGAAAUCCCAGCCCAACCAGAAUCUAUGCAAUAUGAGCUUCGCAAUUAUCAAAAAGAGUUGUCUAAGUUAGCAUUGAAUGGCACAAAUGUUAUAAUAUGUGAAAGAACCGGAUCAGGAAAAACCAGAGUUGCUGCUCAUAUAAUAGGAGAACACCUUAAAGGAAAGGUUACUAAAGUUGGUCAAUGUGAAGAACAAAAAGUUGCCUUUUUUACACCAACUGGAGGACUUGCAGAGCAACAAUGUGGUAAAAUGAAAGACUAUCUUCCCAACAUAAAGAGGAUUGACAUGCUUCGUGGGAAUCUUGAGGAUCACUUGGAGAAAGAUUUUCAAAAGCGAAUUUACAGUUCUGACUUGAUUGUGAUGACUCCACAGAUACUGCUGAAUUGUCUGAAAGAUAACUCAGUGAAAUCAUUGUUUGAUUUUUCGAUGAUGAUAUUUGAUGAAUGUCACUAUGCACAUGCUUCCCAUCCAUAUGCUGAAAUACUCAGAAGAUAUUUGAUUGAGAAAAAGCCUAAUGCAAAUGCAAAGCCAAAUGCAAAAAGCCAAACUAUUCAGAUCAUUGGAUUAACUGCAACCCUCGGAGUUGGUGCUUCAGUUAGUAUUGAUGGAGCUAAAGAUCAUAUUUUCAAAUUACUUGGUAUCAUGGAUGCAGAAGAUGGAAUAGUAUAUGUGAAAGAUCCUGAUAAUGUAGAUGAAUUGAAUAUUGUUUGCCAUGCUGCAUCAGAAGAAUCUAUUCGAAUAGAUAUUGAUGACGAUGAUGACUUUUUCAGACAGCUUAUCAGAGAAACAACGACCCAGAUAAUUUUUUUGAUUGAAAAACUUGAUGUGUCAAAAGCUCUUGGAGAUACAGUUCUGAAAAAGGGAAACUUGACAACAUUGGAUAAAGAGUUUGAAACUUGGUGCUGUAAACUUCGUCACGCAUCUGGAAAUUUGAGUGCUGAAGACUCUAAGGGACUUGGAAGAGAUGCAAGAUCAUGUGCCGAUGCUUUGCAGUGUCUAUACAGUGCAUAUACAAUUUGCUACAACUGUCAUUCUAUUCAUGCAAUUGCUAAGAUUGAAGAUUUUGUUGAAAAACAUUACAUUGCUGAGAAGGAAAAAAAUACAACUGCAGAGAAUAAUCUGCAUGAAUUGAUAGCUGACACUUUGAAUAAAUUGGUCAAUUGUGUUGAUGAUACCAAAAAUAAAACAUUGGAUAUCAUGAAAGCAAAAAUAAUCUCAAAGUCACAAAAUGAUGAAUUUAGAUGUAUGGUUAUGGUUUCCAGAAGAUAUUUUGCCGAUUGUAUCAAAAAUUGGAUUAGUGGAGAUUCGGAGCUAGGACAUCUCAAACCUCUGGUUUAUAUCGGAAUUGGAAAUAAAAGUUCAAGUGAUUGCCCAGGUAUGAGCCACUCUGCUCAAAAUGCAGCCCUUCAAAAAUUUAAAAAAGGUGAUUGCAAAGUACUUGUCUGUACUCCCGAUGCUGCUGGAGUAGGGAUAGAUAUUCCAGAUUGCAACCUGGUUAUAACAGUUGACUGUGUGAAGAAUGAAAUAUCCAAAGCACAACUUUCAGGUCGUGUCAGAGCAAAAAAUGGGGAGGUUCUCCAUAUUUACUUUGGAAAUAAUAUUCAUAAAGAUAAACUCAGCGGAGAGAAACUGCAGCUCAUGGAAAAGGCUAAAAGACAGAUUCACAAAAUGCUGAACAAAAAUCCUGAUGAUUAUAGGAAUCAAAUGCUCUAUGGACGAAAAAUGGCGUUAGAGGAUUUGGAAAAAGCUGAAAUGAAAAAGCUAGGCACAAAAAUUCUACGAGUUGAAGGAGGAAAUUUAUUGUUGUGUCGCAAAUGUAGUGUAAUUGUCUGUCACACUCGUGAAUUAAUCAGAAUGAAUGGAAAUCAUCACACAGUUGAUCGCAUUGAUUUUAAAGAUAAGUUUGCAAAAGUUCCACACCAAUCCAGAGGAAAUAAAAUUGCGAAUGGAUCCAUGACACAUUUCAACAAAAUUAGCUGUGAUAAAUGUAAGCUUGACUGGGGAAAUGAGGUAACGUGGAAAAAUUACCUGAUGCCAAUUAUCACGAUCAAGGGUUUUAAAAUUAAGGAUCAGAAAACAGGAAAAGUUUUCCAGCCAAGAAAAUGGAAGGCAACACGUCUAAAAAUUCUUGAAAAAAGCAGAGACAAGUCUCUUUAUGAUAAACUAUUUACCAAGUGCGACGAAAGUGAAGUUUCUCCUGACAGCUCCGGGUCGACUUGUUGAUAUGUCCCCUGUGAUAAACAGUAUAAUCGCACUCGUAUUUAACAUUUUUCCGUGACUUUUUUAUUAUUUUAAAAUUCCAUUAUAAUUCAUGCAAACAACUCAUUGGUGAAUAGAAUAUUCUUCUACUGUUUUCUAUUUCAUGCCUCAAACUUGCUUCAAUAAUCCAUGUAGAUUGUACACAAUCUUAUUGAAAAUCAACCAUGUACUUUGUACCUCUCUCACCUUAAAAAGUAAUGGUCCAACUCGAGCAAACGCCAGAGAUGAUUGUAUAUGUCUAUUAUUAUCACAUCGCACGGCAGUAAAAAUAAUUUAGUGCUCAAUAUCACACACCUUAUUUUUUAAAUACUCACAACUUCGGGACUUCAGAAUGUUAAGCUGUAAGUGUGGAGGAAUAGUUAAUGAACUUGACGUCACCCACAUGCAAAAUUUAGUGAAUGUGUGUCUUUACUUUUUAUACAUAUUUUAAAUCUUGUAUUUGCAUACUUUGCUUAUAAUUCCAUGUCAUUGAGUAUUUUUAGGAAUGUUGAAAAAUUAUUUCUAUUGUAAUUUAAUAAUAAUAAUUGUAUAACUGAAAACUUGAUCUAUUUUAGUCUACUUAAAAAGUAUGAUAUGAACAAUGUAUCAGAAUGAGAAAAACAUUUCGAUGAUUCUUUUUCUAGUCGAUAUGGCUCUCAUCAUUCGCAACAUGUUGUAAUGGAUCGUACCUCAAAUUGUUACUAAAUGCGGUGUACAUGAAAUUUGAUAAAACACGUUUAAUUGUUUCCUUUAAUAGUGAUCAAUUUAUUUAAUUUAUGAAGCGAUGCCGAAUACCGGACAUUCUUCAGUAUCCUAAUCCAAUAGUUGUAUUGUAUUCGCUUUUUGAAUAUUCGUGCUGAGGAAUGGAAACGUAGAACAAAACAUAGGUGAUCAUGCUGUGUUAUUUUUACCAAUUUCCUAUAUUUAGUAAAGUAGCCUACGUGAAUAUAUUUGUUAUAUUUAAAAUAGUGUAUGUAUUAAUUCAAAAUCUAUGACACGAUGGUUCGUUAGCAGGAGACAGAGAUUCAGUUAUUGGACACGUCAGUGUACAUGACAAUCGUUUCAAUAUUAUGUUGUUGUUCUUGUUAGUGUUAUUCUACACUUUCGUCAUGAUGAAAUCGCUUUUCUCUUCGAACAUUGGAACAAUUGAUUGGUUUUCGGUAGUUAAAGAUUGAUUUUUGUGCCAGAAGGCUAUUACUUUUACUUAUUUCAAAAAUUUCUGUGGACUUUAAGAGAUUCAUUUUUUAUGUGUCA